AAAAAUUCUGAUCUAGGGAAUUUAAAUGUGGUUUCAUAAAGCUGCUGUUGGGCCAUUCUAGUUCCAUAUGAAUUAAUUAUUUAAAUAUUGUAAGAGGAGUUUGUCAUUUCAUAUGUCGAGUUACUCAGUCUCACUUUACAACUAAACAAAAGACAAUGGACUAGGAAAAGAUUUGUUUGGUUUACCUGCAAGUACUCUGCUAACCGCUGAAUGUCCUAUAAUGUGAGAGAUGAGAGACAAGAACAGUUACAGGUAAUCAACACUGUGUUUUACAGUUUACACAAACACCACCAAUGAAUAGAGCAACAGUUAGGAACUCACUGAUUCCUUGACAGUGACAAAGCCAGACCUGUGCAGGAGAAAGUAUCACAUUAUAGGCGACAAAACACAGAUCUCAACCGUUUUUCAGAUGAAAUGCAAGUUUCAGAGCGAUUUCCACUAAGUCACACUCACGCUGUCUGCACACCCGCCUCUCGAAGGGAUUUGUUUUGUAGAAGAUUUGUGGUCUGAUGGGAGAAUUUCUGCUGAAUGUUUUCUCUUUUGAUUACUGUUUCGAUGAUGCUAGUCUUUUGAGCUGUGACAGAGAAAGAAGAAAAACAGCCUGAUUAGUGUGAGAGCCACACAAUUAUGUGACGUGCAAUUGACAAGAAUUUCACCUUUUGUGCUGUUCUCUCUUCUCAUCCUGUGCUGGUUGGAUUCUUUUAUCACAGGUGUUGAGGUAGAUGCUUGUAUCCUUGGAUGGCCUUUAUCGUGCCUCAUCAGUGUUACCUGCUCAGACCAUAAGGAGGCCUGAGGGAAUGACAGGAGAGGGAAGAAGAUGCAGGUGUAUAUGAUCUUUGCAGCAACUUGCCUCUGAUGAUAUAAAACUCCAAAUGAUGUCAGAGGAUCUUAUAUUUACCCAUGUGCUGGUGCUUGGACCAUCAGUUAAGCUGCUGUUUGUUUCUAAAAUCCCCCUUUGAUGUCCGUUUGAAAGAGUUGGGAUAUUUGUAUUCACUUGAUAUUUGCUGCUCGAGCUGUGAAGUUUCAUCAGGAACGUCUUUGGUGAACUUCUCGUCCUCGUAGAUUUCGGACCACACAGCUCCGGGCUCACUGAUCUCCUCCUUAGAAACUCCAGCUGCCUUUUGUCUUUCAGUUCAUUUUUGAUCUGUUUUGUGUCCAACUCUCUCGUGGGGCUGCGACACGAAGUCACGUUGUUGCGCCCUCGCAGGUGUUCAUGCCUCUGUGCUCUGACCUCCACUAUUCGGUCGAAGUCUUUCACUGAGAAGAGCUGUGCAGCAGCCAGGGUGUCCAUGGCAGCUCCUCUGCCUUGAGCCUACAAUGACAGUAUAAGGCAAAAAUCAUUAUGACUAAUUGUUGAGAAACGCUCUGUGCAGAUUGGUGUGGCUUCCACGAGAUUCUGAGCAAUCUGAAGAUUAAAGUCCUCUCUAAAAGAGACAGAAGCUGCUUGAAAAUGUAUGGAAACAACGCCCCCUUCUCCUACUCCCCGAGGGCAGUUUUACAGGAGGACCCCCCCCUACAGAGGAGUUUUUUCCAGCAAGACGACGACCUGAGGGGUUCUCCACUGCAGGGCAACAGCCUGACUAGACCCAGUGGGAAAUCCAUAUAUAUGCAGAGAAAAGAGUACUCUGAGACGCUGACCAAGCAAAGGGACAACUUUCAUGUCAGAGUGGAGCAUCUGUUGACCUGUGAGCUGGACGGCAAGGAGGUCAAUAAAGUGGACGACUGUUUGGCCAAGCUGAAGUGGCUGGACACCAAAGGUCGUCUGUGGGGACAGGAGAUGAUCAUGGACGUUCAUGGAAGACAUCUGACGCUCAGCGACAUCGAGACCAAGACAGAGCUAGAGGUGCUGCCUCUGAGAAGCAUCACACAAACCAGGGCUAUACUGGACAGCUGUGCCUACAGCUCUCUGCUGACGAUUACCGUGCAGGACCACAGCAAACGCAUCCUGCAGGUCUUCAUGUUCCAGUGUGACGAGAUCACGGCGGAUCUACUCAAGGCAGAUCUGGAUAAAGCCCUUCAGAAGAGAGGCGAUGACGUGGAACCACGCAGGGACCAAUCAGACAUCAGAAAUAAUCUCGAAAAUAUCAUAAGGCAACAAAGUUUUCAGCAGCGACGAAGCCCAGACAUGAACCUGCCACCUCCGGAACAACCGCUGACCCGGUGGCGCAACAGAGAACCAGAGAGUACGCCUCCCUCGUGGGACUACACUCAAGAAGAAAUGCUGCCUCAUCCUGAUCUUUAUGACUUACAGAGUAGCCCAGAGCUUCAAUCUGAGCAAAGAGAAGCAGAGUGGAACACGGAGAUUUUUAACCAUGUUCUUGAUGAUUUGGAGAUUUUCAUGGACAAACUGUCUGAUGCACCAAAUUCAAUGCGAAAGGACAGAAAAUCUAAGAGGGCUGAAUCAGCUGUCAGUCUGCCGCCCAGGGAGGAGUAUAUCUCCUGUCUCCAGAAAAUCAGAUAUGGAUUCAAUCUGCUGGGUCAGCUGGAUGGGGCACUGACCAACCCCAACGCUGCUGACUAUGUCCACAUCCUCUUCAACAGUUUGAGCAUGAUCAUUCCUCGGUACCCAGCAGACCUGGUGCCCGCUGUGGUCUGGCCCCAGUUGACGGAGGCGGCCCUGCAGCUGAUGGGGGAAGAAGUCAACCCGAAGGAGGGACGCCUUUGGAAUUCUCUGGGAGAUUCCUGGAAUGUCUCCAGGUCCAGAGGGGUUCAUGAUAAUACUCCACCUUACAUCCCAGAGUUCUACGAUGGCUGGCGACCUCAAGUGAGCAGGAGCAGCAGCCAGCGUAUCCCGCCUGUCCGACCAAUUUCUUCAAACUUCAGCGAGUCUCCUCUGACCAUGCAGGCCAUUAACAACUUCACGGCCAGAAACAACCGAGAGCUGAGUAUCAUGAAGGGUGACAUGGUUCAGGUGAUUCAGAAAUCCAAGCAAUGGUGGCUUGUUUGUAACGCCCGUAAUGAGCAGGGAAACGUUCCUAUGAAUGUUUUGGAGCCAAUAGGGGGCGCCAGGGAAGAUGUUCUGCAGGAGACUCGUGGCCCAGUGAUUAUGGACAUGAACUCGUCGCCUGCAGAGGUGAGAGCCUGGCUUCAAUCCAGAGGCUUCUCCAAGAUCACUGUGACCAGCCUCGGGGUGCUCACCGGUAGUCUGCUGCUGGGGAUGACCAAGGACGACAUAAGGACUGUUUGUCCAGAGGAGGGAGCCAGGGUCUUCUUCCAGCUUCAGGCCAUUAAGUCGGCCAUAGCGCUCGCCAGUGAACCGUCUGGACCAUACAACGGCCGCUACUAACGUCACACCACACGGCUCCUUCAUUAUGUUUUUUCCAGAUAAACGUCUGAAAUCAUCAACAUUUGUAAUUUGAUGUAAUAAAUUAUGUCUGGAUGGCUAUUUUCAUUAUGAAUGACACCGCAUCAAAUCCUGAUUUCUGUCAUUCAAACAAAAUAACUUUUAGUGAAUUCAAUUUUCAUGUAUGUGUUGUAACAUGUAUGACACGCUACAAUUAUUCGUUAAUUAUUUAGUUAUUUCUUUUGCUCACUAUGUACUUUUACUCAUCGACAAUUUUCCAGAGGAUGAAAUAUACUGUAAAUUCACAUUAUAGUUCCAUCAAACACGAUUCUUCUCUUCAGAAGCAAAUGUUUUUAAGUUGCUGUUUCUUAAGCUGUAAUUUAUUUUUGACAGAUCAUGAUGGAUAUUAAAAAUCAUGUGAUUUAA